UCAGUAAAGAGCUUGAGGCUGAAGCGUAACGUGGACACAUGGUGUAGGUGCCGGAGUGUUCGAGUGAGCAAAGAAGUGAAAAUCCCAUUGCAACAAUGCAAGCAAGUGAGCUGUUGACACACCUGCGUAUACCAGAACUUGGGGAGGUCCGGCGGUUCGUAUGUUCUCUUCCACCAUCCACUCUAAUAGGCAUUGGCACCAUUGCAGCACUCGUAGCGUACUGGUAUGCCACAAGACCCAAGGCACAGAUACCACCAUGUGAUCUUUCAGCGCAGUCCGUUGAAGUGGAGGGUGGUGAACGUGCUCGGAGAAGUGUGCUACUUAAAAAGGAUGAGCUUAUGACUUUCUACUAUCUGGAUGUGAAAACGCUAUAUGAUGUGUUAAAAAGGGGUUUGGUUGCAUCAGAUAAUGGCCCCUGUUUGGGUUUCAGGAACCCAAACCAGCCUUACCAGUGGAUAUCCUACGCAGAGGUUAUAGCCAGAGCAGAAUUUGUGGGUUCAGGAUUAUUCACUCGAGGAUACAAACCAGGGAAUGAUCAAUUUAUAGGAGUAUUUGCGCAAAACAGACCAGAGUGGGUUAUUAUCGAACAGGCCUGUUAUACCUACUCCAUGGUUGUGGUGCCAUUGUAUGACACAUUGGGAGCUGAUGCUAUUUCCUACAUCUUAAACAAAGCGGAUAUUGCAGUCGUAUUCUGUGACACAGCGGUCAAAGCAGCAGCUGUAUUGCAGGGUGUGGAAAAUGGGCAAACUCCAGACAUUAAGACCAUUAUUAUCAUGGACCCUUUUGGAGCUGACCUAAAGAAUCGAGGAAUGAAUGCUGGAGUUGAACUUAUUUCUUUGAAGGCAAUAGAGAAUGCAGGAAGGGAUCAGAAACAGGAUCCAAGACCACCACAACCAAAUGACUUGGCUGUUAUUUGUUUCACUAGUGGAACCACAGGAAAUCCCAAAGGGGCAAUGCUGACGCAUAAAAACAUCGUGGCUAAUUUCUCUGCUUUUGUGAAAGUCACAGAGGGACAAUGGGUGGCAUCACCCUUUGACAUACACAUUUCCUUUUUACCACUUGCACACAUGUUUGAACGCUUGGUGCAGAUUGUGGUUCUUUGUCACGGAGCCCGGAUUGGAUUCUUUCAGGGAGACAUAAGACUUCUAAUGGAUGACAUCAAAGUUUUGCAGCCAACUAUUUUUCCUGUAGUUCCCCGUCUACUUAAUAGGAUGUAUGAUAAGGUCCAUAGCCAGACUACUAGUUUUAUAAAACGGCGGAUAUUGGAAUUAGCUACUUGGAGAAAAACAGCAGAAAUUCGAAAAGGGAUAAUGCGACGCAACAGCAUUUGGGACAAGUUGGUCUUUCAUAAAAUACAGGAUAGUCUUGGUGGUCGGGUAAGAUUAAUGGUAACCGGAGCUGCUCCUGUAUCUGAGACCGUGCUUACCUUUAUCAGAGCAGCUGUAGGUUGUCAGUUUUAUGAGGGAUAUGGACAAACUGAGUGCACAGCAGGCUGUUCAAUGACCAUUCCUGGAGAUUGGUCAGCAGGCCAUGUUGGAGCACCAAUGCCUUGUAAUCUGAUUAAGCUUGUUGACGUAGACGAAAUGAACUAUUUUGCAAGAGAAGGGGAGGGUGAGAUUUGUGUAAAAGGGACAAAUGUUUUUCAAGGUUACCUAAAAGACCCUGAGAAAACAGCAGAAGCUCUGGAUGACAGUGGCUGGUUGCACACAGGGGAUAUUGGAAAGUGGCUGCCGAAUGGCACUUUGAAGAUAAUUGACCGAAAGAAGCACAUAUUCAAACUGGCACAGGGCGAGUACAUUGCACCAGAGAAAAUUGAGAACAUCUAUAUGCGGUCUGAGCCCGUGGCCCAGGUGUUUGUUCAUGGCGACAGUCUGCAGGCCUUUCUGGUGGGAAUUGUAAUACCUGAUCCUGAAGUGUUACCUGCCUGGGCACAAAGGAGAAAUGUUGUUGGGUCAUUUGAGGAAUUAUGCAAAAACAAGGUUUUAAAGGAUGGUAUUUUAGCAAAUUUGAUACAAAUCGGAAAGGAAGCUGGACUCAAGUCAUUCGAACAAGUGAAGGAUAUCUAUCUCCAUCCUGAGAUGCUAACUGUUCAAAAUGGCCUUCUGACUCCAACAUUCAAGGCAAAGAGAGCAGAGCUGAAAAAAUUCUUUAGUACACAAAUUGCUGAACUUUACAAAAACAUCACUGUAUAAACAAAUGCACAUUUCUUUGAAGCAAAUUUAAUUAAUGGCCUUGAUCAUUUGAUAAUGAUAAACUGUUAACAGAUGCUUUGCAAUGAUCUCCAACAAGAGUAAAUAUCAAAAUAUAUAUUCAUAUUUUGUACAACAAGCCUUAUGAGCCAAAAAUUUCAGCGCAGAUCACUGUUUAAAUGUAUGGAUUUCCAAAAUGCCUUAUAUUUGAAACAUUCAUCUCUAUCAUGGGGGAAUGGUAUAGCAACUUGGAAUGAGAUGGAAGCACAAAUUAAGUUGCACUUGAGUGGAAGGAUGUACAGUUAUCUCAAAUGCACUAUUGAGUAACAUUCUUUUUAUAUCUAUGUACACAGCAACUGUUGCACAAAUGUUUAAAAGUGAAAUGAAGAUUAACACUGAAAGCUUUAACAAGAUUACAUAUUUAAUUUAUAAUGUCUCCCUAAGGUUUAAUAUUUGAUGUAUAAGGAAAGAAGGCUUGGCAUUGUAAAUGUUUUUGUACACAGAACCAAAAGAGAAUUUGCAAAAUUAUCAGUAAAAUUAAAAUAAAGGUAUGUUUUGUGUA